CAUCCGGCCGGCGAGUUGACCUUGGAUUUUCUUUGAUAGACGCCAGAAAAGCUUUUAUGAUAUUGCACACCUCGUUGGGAAACAGGCUCAGCUUUACAACCUGUGCUUGUAAAUGAGCCGCUCGUGCCUCAAGGUCCUGGGCCGCCCACUUUUGCAGCAGUACAAGAAGACCUCAUCGUCGCCGAAUUUCCUGGCCACCAGCAGCUCUGCGCUUGUACAGCUCCCCGCCAGCCCUCACUUCCAGCAAAGCAGAUGCGGUGUCCACAGCCGCCUGGACCCCCCGCCGAGCAAUUUCUGGACAAUCCGCAAGAUGGAGCGAUCCGUGUAUAGGCGGUGGACCAAGGACGCUCUCGUCGGGCGCAUCGAGGAGCUCGAGCAGCAGCUCAAGGCAGCACAGCAGGUCAGCAAUGGCGGCAAAGAUGGCGGCGGAGCCACGGAUGCCACUUCGGCCGUCACGGCCGCCGCGAGGCCACAGGGGGAAGACAUGACUUCCCCAGAGACGGCAGCGUUCUAUGGCGGCCUGCCGGAGCGGAAAGCGCCAGGCAAGGACAAGAAGGGCAAAAAGACGAGCAUCGACCCGUCCAAGUACGCCACGAGGUACGUGGCCUUCAAGUUCGCCUACCUGGGCAAGGAGUACGGCGGGUUCGAGUACCAGGGCAGCGCGGCGCUGCCGACCAUCGAAGAAGAGCUGUGGAAGGCCUUUGUGACGUCCUGCCUCAUCGUGCCCAAGGGCAACCCGGACGAGGUCCGCUGGGAGGAUCCGGCGCUCGAGUACUCCAAGUGCGGCCGGACGGACCGGGGCGUCAGUGCUUUCGGGCAGGUCAUUGCCCUGCGGGUCAGGAGCAACCGGCCGCUACCCAAACAGCCACAGCCGCAGCAGCAUGACGGCAGCGAGGAGGGCCACCCGGACGACGCGGCUACUCAGGAAGAGGGAGGGACGCCGAAGAAGGAGUGGAACGACUUUGAGGACGAGAUCCGGUACUGCAGGAUACUUAACCGGCUGCUACCCAAGGACAUCAGGAUGCUCGCAUGGUGCCCCUCGACACCUGCCAACUUCUCCGCGAGGCAUAGCUGUACGGAGCGACAGUACAGGUACUUUUUUACACAGCCGGCCUUUGCGCCGAUACCGACGUCUCUGAACCACCCCGAGAGCAAAGAGCCUAUCAAGGAUGGCUGGCUCGACAUUGACCGCAUGCGGGAGGCGGCCAAAAAGUACCAAGGCCUGCACGACUUCCGCAACUUCUGCAAGAUCGACGGCAGCAAGCAGCUCACCAACUUCACGCGGCGGAUGUUCGAGAGCGACAUUGUCGAGGUCAAGGACAGCGCGACGGCGAUGCCGUUCCUCACCCAGUCGGAUUUCCGACCUGCCGGCGCUGCGCUUGAGCCUGGCAGCGUGCACCCUAAAGUGUACUACUUCCACGUCAGGGGGAGCGCUUUCUUGUGGCAUCAGAUCAGGUGCAUGAUCGCAGUGCUCUUCACAGUCGCCCAGGGCCUCGAGGAGCCAUCGGUAAUCGACACGCUGUUCGACGUGGAAAAGACACCCAGGAGACCAAACUACGUCAUGGCCGACGAGGUGCCGCUCGUUCUCUGGGACUGCGUCUUUCCCGAUUCUCUAGAGUGGGUGUACCUCGGCGACGAGAGCCCGACGGACAAGCACAGCACGCACGGCCUCAUGCAGGACCUGUGGCAGAUCUGGCGGAGCAGGAAAAUGGACGAGCUGCUCGCCGGCCAGCUGCACAACCUUGUCGCGGACCAGGGCGACUUUAGCCUACGCAGAGAUUCUAGAGCGCCCAGGCACGUCACCCUUUCGACGAGGCAGUUUGAAGGCUCUGAUGGGGCACGGCCGGUGGGCAAGUAUCUGCCCAUGGCCAAGAAGAAGAUGAACUCGUCGCCAGAGGAGGUCAACGAUAAGACGGCCCAGAAGAAAGGGUAUGCGAACGGUGCCGAGUACCGGGCAGCGCUCGCCGAGAAGCGCGAGGCAGCGAUUGCAAAGGCGGCUGCUGUUGCUAGCGAGCUUGAAACCCAGAUCGACGAGCUCGACAAGGCUAUUGCAACGGCAUGAAGGGCGAUCGAGCUACGGGUGCUCCCGAAUGCGGCUGGCCCGUUCCGAUGAAGCAUAAAUGUGUGUCACAAAGCCCGUCACACCGGGUAGCCUGACAACUGGGUAUCAUUCUAGAUCUAGACGCUCAAAGCAAAGCAAAUAUAGUGAUACCAAGAUUAUUUCCGAAUAAA